GGAACCAGCUCAUCUCUAAACAUAAGUUUUCUUUUUUUAUUUGUAAUCAGAGAUACUGUAAAUAUGUUUCAGAUUUGCAGUAACAAUAUGGUUAAUGUAAUUAGAACGUUUGCGCUAAGGCUGGGAUGAUCUUUAUUUUGAUUUUAAUCAUGUAAUCAUGUAAUUUACUUCAAACCAAAAAUUCUCGUUUUCAGCAAUGUGUCUCUUUUCUUCUUGGACCACCGGCCCGGGAUCUCGAUGGAAAAAUGUUUAGACGAGGAUACGAUACUAGGGAAACACACACACAGGGAACGGGGAAUGAAUGCUGCAGCCCUGUAAUCAUGCACGUCAGUCAGUCAGUCAGCCAGCAGCCGGUCUCAGCACUUCCUUGACGCCGAACCUGGUUGCUGGUUGCUAGGGGCGCUGACAACAACACACUGCACCAGCAGCAGGAGCCGGGCAGGCCUGACAUUACACAUAUAACCCCGCCAUCGCGUUUCUUUCUGUAGUGCUGUGAGAUCUCCCAGAGAAUGAGCCGGGAGAUUUUGGCUGAGUUGCAGUGGGCUGAAGGUUUUGCCAUCCCUGUGGCCAAUAGCGAAAAUAAAGCGCUGGAAGAUGAGAUGCAAAGAAAAGAAAAGGAGAAGAUGCAUUUGUCAAACCAGUUAAAAGAAUUGGAUGACCGAAUUCAAGCAAUGGCCGACCACCUUAAAAAUGUCAGACAAGAAUUAAAUUAUGUUCAGAGUCUUUGUAGAGCCAGGGAGAAAGAAAUUGAAAGUGAAGAACACUUUAAGACUCUCGGUGAAAGGGAAAUUGGACGUCUAAAGCAAGAAAUACGUCAUCUGGAAAAUGACUUGGUGUCCUUGAGAGAAAAGAAAAAUAACCAAGAAAAUAAAAUCUUCAAAGCCACACAAAAACUGGAGAACCUGAAAUGUCAACUGAAUUGGGACCAACAAGCUCUGGAAGCGUGGCUGGAAGAAUCUGCUCGCAAAGAUGAAGAUUCAGUUGCCAUUCAAAAGUAUGCUCAGAAAGAUGACGGAAAGAUUAAAGAAUUGUCACUACAGAUUGAAAGGAUGACUGUGGAGUCUAACCAGAAACGUAAAGUUAUGGACAAUGAACUGACCGAGACUAUCACUGCACAGGUUGAACUGGACAAAACAGCAGAAGACUUUCGCAAAGCACAUUCAGAGAGACAACAGCUGAUCCAACAGUGGGAAAACAUCAUUGACCAGAUGCAGAAAAGGGACAGAGAUAUUGAUCAGUAUGCAUUGCAAUUAGCGCGGGUCAAACAAGAGCUACGAGAGAGAGAAAAUAUAAUUAAGGAGAAAAUCCAGUUUCUGAACAGCGAAAGUGAGAAUAACCAGGAAUAUGAAAAGAAGAUUUCCAUUGUAGAAAGACGUACUGCCAAACUGAGGCUGGACUAUCAGGAGCAAGAAACUGUUCGUGGUCAACUACAGGAUGAGUUGGAUACCCUAAAAGGGACUGUUGAUAGGACAGCGUCUGAAUUAGAAGUUAUGAGAAUUCAAAUUAACAAUCUGAAGAAAGAAAUUCGGAAGAAACAAGAAAGCUUGAAUCUGGCAAAAGAAUAUAAUGAAGGUCUGGGUGAAAAACUUAAGCUUGUGACUGACUCAGCACUAAGUGUAGAAGAAAGGGCUCAACGUAUGGAGGAAAUGUUGAAAGAACAGGAGAAAACAGUCAAGGAUCUUGAAUUCCAGCUAAAACAGGUACGAGAGCAACAUUUCAAGACAUCACAGGAGCUGCAUGAGCACCAUACAAAAGAAAAACAGUUGCUAUCGGAAAUUAAUGGCAACCAAAGCUCAUUGAGAAACCUCAAUAGUCAACUGCAAAAACUUGACCUGCACACUUUAAAGCAACAGGGGAUCAUUUACAAUCAGGAUUUCCAGAUCCAACAGUUAGAGCGCAGGCUAUCACGGCUGAAAGGCGAAGUCAACACAGAUGAAAAACAAGCCUUGGAAAUAAAAGUAUCGGAACUGAUGAAGACAUUUGAUGAGCGCAAAUCUGCUCUUAAUGUCUUAAACACCCAACAUAAGAAGCUCCAGGGAGAUGUGCGGAACAUCAAAAGGGAUGUUGAAAAAACUGGUCAGGAAAAGGGUGAUCUGAUCAGCAAAAUGGAAGAACUUAAACUGUUCAACACCAUGUCUGAUAAAGCGGUCAAAAAACUCAGGGUAUCAAAACAGGAUUUAAUGGUUGAUGACAACAUCCUGAAACUGGAAAUAAAGCGGCUGCGAGACAUGCUUUACAGUAAAGCAGAUGAUGUGUUUUCAUUGGAAAAACGCAGGUUACAAUUACAGACUGCCAUGAAAGAGCGGACACAAGAGAUUGCCAUACACAAAGAGAUGCUGAAAUCUCAAAUAAGACUUGUAGAUCAAGAAAGACAGAACAUAAGUUUAGAGCUUCAUGACAGACUUGGAAAAGUUGAUAAAAUGAGAAAAAGAUUUGAAAUCAUUACUAUUGCAAUGAUGCCACCAGAGGGAGAAGAGGAGAAAUCACAGGCUUAUUACAUAAUUAAGGCUGCACAAGAAAAGGAAGAACUUCAGCGUGUUGGUGAUGAGAUGGAUGCCAAAAUUCAUAAGGCUGAAAAGGAGAUCAAAGCUUUAGAGAACACCCUUCAGGUCAUCAACAGCUGUAACAACUCCUACAGAAAAUCAUUUAACAAAGUCACUGAAACAAGUGAAGAAUAUGAAGAAAAAAUGAAAUUAGAAGAGCAAAAGAAAGCUGCGGAGGAAAAGUGCAGGUACAAGCGGCGGCAGAUCAAGGAGCUGCAGGAAGACAUGCAAAUUAUGAAAAACACUUUUGAUAACAUGAUGAAAGAGGAAUCGUUGUACCAAGAGAAGGUGAAUGGAAUGCGUCCCUGCAUCACACAGCUUAAAAAAGAGACAGAUGAUCAAAAGCACAAGUUGGAAAGAGUCAUGAAACAGUGUUCCAAACUGGUAAAAGAAAUUCGUUCUGCUAAGAAAAGCAGUGGAGAAACUCAAGACGAGAAAGAUAUUAAUAUUCGUGAUGUACGAGACUUUAACAGAUCCAUUAAUAAGAUGCUGGCACAGUCAAUGGUGGAAAACCCGGAAUUGGCAGUUCCUUUACAGAUGUACUUUCAGCAGUUUGGUUUAGAAAUACCACAAAGCACUUCAACUCCAGGAAGUUCAAGAACAGGUUCCUCACGAAGCUCAGUCUCCUCUGUCGGAUCUUCCAGAAUUUCAUCAAACUCAAGUACUCCCAGAGUGAAGGUGGUUGAACUGGGACUCGCUAUGGCUUCUCCUCCAUCAAGUGCGUCAUCAGCUCGCAGUUCCAAGUCUUCAGCUAAGGGCAGUACUCAUAGAAGUCAGAAGUAAUAGGGGAGGGAAAAAAACCCACUGAAGAUUUUUAAUAAGAUAUAUGUAGUAAUUACACCAAUAAAUAUUUUAUUUUCA